AGCCCAGGAGGCGAGCUCCCCCUGCCGCCGCCGGGGUUGGGACCAGCAGGCCCAGUGAGGCUGAGCUCGCCGCUCCCGUAGCGCGGCAGCGAAGGGGUUAAGAGCCGCCUGGCCCGAUCCUCCAGUCGGGCUCUGAGCUGCAGGAGCGGCGGCGGGACUUCCAGGCGCAGAGCCACAGCCGCAUUUCCCCGCGUGCGCUGCAGCCCGGCUGCGGGACCUUUACAAAAGCCUGCCCCGUUCCCAGCCCUGACCUUCCCCAGGCUGCAUCGCCGCUGACCGGUCUGGUGUUUCGAGGGAGAGCGGGGCACAGGCACUUUCAUUCGGCUGAAAAAUCCCAUCCUCCCUCCCGACCCCAGUUCUCAAGCAAAUGGCAACUAAAAUCGACAAGGAGGCGUGCAGAGAAGCCUACAACCUCGUCAGGGACGAUGGCACGGAUAUUACCUGGGUGACUUUUAAGUAUGACGGCUCUACAAUAGUCCCCGGAGACCAAGGAACAGACUAUGAAGAGUUUAUAAGGGAAUGCAAAGAUGACCUCAGGUUGUUUGGAUUUGUCCGAUUUACCACUGGGGAUGCCAUGAGCAAGCGAGUCAAGUUUGCCCUCAUCACUUGGAUCGGAGAGAACGUUAGCGGCCUGCAGAGAGCCAAAACCGGGACUGACAAAACUCUGGUCAAAGAAGUAGUACAGAACUUUGCCAAAGAAUUUGUGAUCAGCGACCACAAAGAGCUGGAGGAAGAGUACAUCAAGAAUGAGCUGAAGAAAGCUGGCGGUGCUAAUUAUGAUGCCCAGAACGAGUAAAUGCACUAGCCACGUGGUACCAUCUGCCUGGGUCAGGAAGGAAGGGGCAAAGCACAACCACCCAACUAAAUUCUGAUGAGGCGAACGAGAGAAGACCGGGCUUAUUUGUGUGCACCUAAGAAGUCCCUUCCCUUCUCCCAAAAUGGACUUUUAUUUUCCAUUCCGCUUCCCUCUUCCAUAUGAGCUGUUCUUAUUUUUUACAAAAGUUGCACAAGCAACUCAGUCCCCAAGCAGAUGCUGAUGCUUUCUAUAGCGUGUUGGUUUACCUUUCUGUUUGGCCCUGCACUUGUCAUAGUCAACCUUGCUCUUCUUACAGGCCUGCCAUCACACCCUUUUUUUUGGUAUAUGUUUGCAUUCGAAUGCGGUUCAAAGUGGGCUCCGGUUACCACCAGGAGAAAAAUCUCUAGGAAUCGUGCACAUACGGCAUUUUUUUUUUAAAGUUCCUGAUGGUAUUCUUGGGACUACAUAAUUUUCCUUCUUCGAUGUUCAGAUCUAGUUGAGUUGACGCCACUUAAACUUUGAUUAAAUUACCUGAGCUUAGAUGUCCAGUGGCGAUAAUGAUGCUUAUCAGUUUAAAAAAACAAAUCUUGUUUUCAACUCUUAAUCAAUGGGAAGAAGUAAAUUUGCCUUAAACAUUGCUUGAUGGUUGCUGUGCUGCACCUCCACCUUCCCCCUUCUUUAAAAUUUGAUCCAACGUGAUCUGAAUGUUUUGAAGUUAUCAUGGCAACAGGAAACUGGAAAAAAAAUGUCUGGACGUUUGUUCACUAUUUUGUAUACAGCAGUCUCUGGGCUUAUUUUUAAACAACUGCAAAAAUAACAGCUGCUGCAUCCAAGCAGCCUUUUUUAUUUACCCCCCUCUUGCAAAGGUCAUUUAAAAACAACAUCUUGAGUCAUCUGGGGGGCCCUUAAGGCAGCUCCGUGAUGCUCUAGCUUCAUAACCCAAGAGAUGGAGCAGAGCAGACCUGUCCAUUCGGAACAGAAUGUUCAACAGCAGUACGUCAAUGCUUAACAUUCAGGGAUUAAUAAAAUAACAUUGGCACAGUUUUAGUUACCAAACAAAGAUCUUUUCUGUAUGUUGGUUUUUUUUUUCUUCCAUCGAUGAGUGUCCCCGGAAUUAAGUUUAGGGAAAACUGUGUAUUGGGGUUUGUGAGUUGGCGCUAAUAAAAACCAGUAAAGAAAUGUUUU